UGUGUCACCGAGGGCGAAACCGUCAAUUCCGCGCCACCGUUGUCGUGGUCAACCUACCACCCCCUCGCCGUCUGCUCUGCUCUGCUUCUGCUCCGCCGCUGCCUCCCCCUCCUUAGCUCCGGCGGCCGGCCGCAACCCCUUCCCAAAUGCCGCACCACGCUCCCUCCUCGCAGCACGCUCUCCCCCGCAAGCUCCUCACCCGGCGCCGCGCGGUGGCCUCCUGCGCCGCCGUCGCCGUGCUCACGGCGGCCGUGAUUUUGCUGGCCGCUCCGACCUCCGAGGCCCCCAACAGCGCCUUGCUCGUGGGCGCUUCUCUCCUCUCGAGUCUUCGUGAGGAGACGCAUGAGGCGCCGGCCACGGCCGCCGCGGGCAGUUCCUCUCCGCCGCCGCUUGCUUCUCUCGUAGAGACUAUUUUGUCAUCUAGGAUUGCACCAGCCACCUCCAUGUUUCCGGCACCAGCACCUUCGCCAGUGGAGAACUUUGAUGACACAUCAAAUGAGGAACCCGAGCAUCCGGGUGUAAAGGAAAAUGUGUCGAAGGAAUCCACCCCUUUUAUCCAUGAGCCCAUUUCCAGUGGUCCUCCUACAAGUAGCUCUAAUGUGAGUGGAGACCUUGACAUGAGUGGCCAUGCAGCACCGCCUCCAAAGCGAGAGCAGAUACUGCUUUGGUCAACAGCAGCAGAUGAAGAACUUCUAUAUGCGAAGAAAGAGAUUGUCAAUGCACCAUUGGUAACUGAUGACCCUGAUUUGUAUGCGCCUCUAUUCCUAAAUGUGUCUAUCUUUAAGAGGAGUUAUGAACUGAUGGAGAGACUUCUUAAGGUUUUUAUAUACCAUGAUGGAGCGAAACCCAUUUUUCAUUCUCCGGAGUUGAAAGGCAUUUAUGCAUCUGAGGGAUGGUUUAUGAAAUUAAUUGAGGGGAACCAGAAUUUUGUUGUGAGAGAUCCAAACAGAGCUCAUCUGUUCUAUCUCCCUUAUAGUUCUCGACAGCUGGAGCAUAAUCUUUAUGUGCCUGGAUCAAAUACACUUGAACCACUAUCUAUAUUUGUGAAAAAUUACAUAGAUAUGAUCUCUGCUAAGUUUCCUUAUUGGAAUAGGACGAAAGGAGCUGAUCAUUUUUUUGUUGCUUGCCAUGACUGGGGACCUUACACGACCAAAUUACAUGAUGAAUUGCGAAGAAACACCAUCAAAGCUCUAUGUAAUGCAGAUCUCUCAGAAGGAGUUUUCAUCCGUGGAAGAGACGUGUCCCUUCCAGAAACAUUUGUUAGAUCUCCAAGGAGACCUCUAAGAGACAUUGGUGGAAAACCAGCCACAGAGAGAUCUAUCCUCGCCUUCUUUGCAGGGCAGAUGCACGGCCGAGUUAGGCCUAUCCUUCUCCAGUAUUGGGGAGGCAAGGACACGGAUAUGAGAAUAUAUGGCCGGUUGCCACGCCGAAUCACUAGGAGGAUGAACUAUGUUCAGCAUAUGAAAUCGAGCAAGUACUGCAUCUGCCCCAUGGGGUACGAGGUAAACAGCCCACGCAUAGUCGAGGCGAUCUACUACGAGUGCAUCCCGGUAAUCAUUGCCGAUAACUUUGUGCUCCCAUUCGACGACGCGCUCGACUGGAGCACAUUCUCCGUGGUGGUGCCUGAGAAGGACGUGCCGAGGCUGAAGGAGAUCCUGCUGCGGAUUCCCGAGAGUCGGUACAUAACAAUGCAGUCAAAUGUGAAGAAGGUGCAGAAGCACUUCCUGUGGCAUGCAAAGCCCGUAAAGUAUGACAUCUUCCACAUGAUACUGCACUCGGUUUGGUUUAGCAGGGUGAAUCAGGCCCAAAUACAGUAGCACGAACUAGCUAGUCAUGCACCUUCUGGAAAGGUUUCCUUCGUCUGAAGGAAGGUGCUGAUGUAACCUGUUUUAGAUGCUAGUCUAAUUUUGCCCUUCAGAGAAAGAAAAGAAAAGGGAGAAGAAAAAGGAAAGAGAAAAGUAGGGAUCCUGACAUUACUGAAUAUGGCAAUAGAACAUUUGACACGUGCAUACGUUGAAUCAACUAGUAGAGACAGAGAACCUUGACAUCAUUUGUUAACUAGUACUGCCUCUGGUACUAAAUCAUCGUCACUUAAUAUGGGACAGUGGGACUAUGAUACUUGAUCCAUGCUCUACAAAUAUCUGUUGUGCGCUGUAAACAUGACGAAACAAUUACAGUCAUCCUUGACUACACAUUUGAUACUUCAAUUUAGGCUCCGUUUUGGUGCUGA